AUGGACAUCUCCAGUAUGAGUCCAUCCCAUGGGAACAGUCCUCCCAAAACUGCUGCAGUGGAGGUCGCUCUUCCACAGGGUGCAGUCCUUCAAGGACAGGCUGCUCCAGCUGGUGGGCUCCCAUCUCCACGGGCUCCCACAGGCUCACAGCCUCCCCUCAGGCAUCCACCCGCUCCAGCACAGGCUCCUGCAGGGGCUGUGGGUGGAUCUGUGCUCCCCUAUGGCCCUCCAGGGGCUGCAGGGGCACAGCUGCCUCCCCAUGGGCUGUACCGGGGGCUGCAGGGCAAUCCCAGCUCCGUUCCUGGAGCACCUCCUGCCCCUCCUGCACGGACCUUGGUGUCUCCUUCUCACAUGUCUUCACCCUGCUCUUCUCUGGCCGCAAUUAAAACUGCACACUAA